GCAGUUUCAAUCACUCGACUAGGGUGUCCCCAAACUGCCGGGCUGGAAGCGGAGAGGAGUGAAAAACAGAGCAAACAAUGGAGAUUCGAUGCAAAUUUUGGCUUCCUAAAAAGAAGAGAUUUUGUGCAAAUAUCCCCCUCAACGAAUCUUUAUUCUGUGGCAACCACACACCCAGGUCCGAUAGCCCGUGGAUUCCAUGUCCAAUAGACCCUUCUCACUCUGUACUUAAAGAGAAUCUUGAAGGACAUGUUAGAAGAUGCCCAUUACUCAAACAAGUGCAGUCUUUGACUCUCCAACCCUUUUACCAAAAGGGUAUCAAUGCUGGCAAAGAAGAGGACCAGGAAGAAUUAGAAACAUUCAAACCCAAAGGAGCCGAUGAUUUGGAAUCUUCUAAUGACCCCGAGUCGGGGUCUUUGGAUAACAUUCUUUCAGAAAUGAAGAGGAAUGCUGUUUAUAGUAUGACUGUACUUGAUUUCUAUAAAUUAAUUGAGAAAAUUGAGCAUGUUCAUGAAUCUAUAUGCAAGGAUAUUCAGGACUCAUAUAAGGUACCAGAAGCUUGUGGAAUAUGGAUUAAACGAGAGGUUGACAGAAAAUUGCCAUUUCAAGAGAAACAUGUUAUGCAGCAGGUGUCCAUUCUUGGGAACUUGGAAGAUCUUGGUGUAUUGAAUAGUUCUCUAGGAAAGGAGAGGGCGGAUUAUGAUGAUGGCACUGGUAUCCCUGCGGUGGUUGAGUUUGGAGCCGGCAGGGGAUACUUGACACAGAUGCUGGCAGAUUGUUAUGGGAUAAAAAAGGUCUUUCUGGUUGAAAGAAAAUCAUACAAGUUAAAGGCUGAUCGAUCCUUGCGGCAGAAAGAGAGCUUGAUAUUGCAACGUUUGAGAAUUGACAUUGAGGAUUUAAACUUGAAUGCUGUUGAGUCAUUGCGGGAAGAUCCUUACCUUGCUAUUGGUAAACAUCUUUGUGGGCCUGCAACAGAUCUGACUUUGAGAUGUUGCCUUGGUGAACACCGUAAUCAAAGUAAUGCUGAAUUGCAGAGUGUUAACCCAAACCUGAGAGGUCUAGCUAUAGCAACAUGUUGCCAUCAUCUCUGCCAGUGGAAGCAUUACAUAAAUAAAAAAUAUCUAUUAGAAUUGGGAAUCACAAAAGAGGAAUUUCAUGCAAUUACUUGGUUUACUAGUUGGGCUGUAGAUGCUGAUCAUGGUGCCGAUCUCCCAGAUGUUACUGAUUGCAAAUUGCAUCUUGAAUCUGUUGAAAAGAAGCAAUGCGGUGAGGAUUAUGGAGUUGAAGACAUUGUGAGAAAUAUGAAGGCAGUUGAAAGGGCUGUGUUAGGGUUUAUGUGCAAGAAGAUUAUAGAUAUGGGUAGGUUGAUGUGGAUGAAGGAACAUGGCUUAGACGCACAGUUUGUCAAAUACGUCCCAUCCAGCGUUUCUCCUGAAAACCAUCUAUUGAUUGGUAGAUGCCCCCGUCAUUUGUGAGAUGCCAUCUCCUUUUUUUACUUUAAUUCAGAUUGUUUCUAAUGUACAAUUUUGUGAAAGCGUCUUCUUGAACUAGUACAUUGACAAAUUCUUCUCUCUUUUGCUUUUGGAGGAGUAUUAACCUUUGACACCUCUCCUCCCGCGAAAAC